AUGGGCUCGGAAUCCCCUAAGCGCAGUGCCGACAUUCCGGGUCAGCCUCGGAGCAAGAAACGAGCCAAGUACACGCAGGUAGCAUGCAACGAGUGCAAGCGGCGGAAACUGAAAUGUAGCGGAGAGCCGGUCUGUUCGCGUUGCGCCCGCGACAAUGUUCAAUGCGUCUAUGUCCCCAACGCACAUGCAAUCAGCAAUAGAACACCUUCGUCACCAGAGGUGCAGGCCGAUGAUGAAAGGGUCUCGACCCGACUGAGUACCGUUGACCGUCAGAUUGAGGUGCUGCAGCGCGAGAUGCGAGCCAUGUCCGCUCGCUUGCGACAAGUUGAAUCAGCCUCCCCCUCAACAACGAACAAUACUUACACCUCUAUCUCAACCGUGUCCUCCUCGUCAACGACUGCAGGUCUCCACCGCAUCAUGAACCGUCCGCAGUCACCGUCCUACGUCGGUCCCACGAGUGCAGAGUUUGGCCUGACUGCGCGCCAACGGCAGCCGGAGGACUUCGACAGCGGUGACGACCUCGUCUCGACGGCGGUGCAGAGUCCGGCCCCCGCGCUUGGAGACGACAUCUCUUCUGACGAUCCGCUGGGGUGUCUAGGUUCUGCUGAGGCGCUCCGUCUCGUCGACGUGUACGAGAACACGGUUGGGGUGAUGUACCCUUGCGUCGAUCUGGAAAGCGUGCGUGCGUAUAUUGCCGAGUACUUCCGGGAUAAGGACGGGGUGGAACCGAGUUCACCGACUGCGCUGGACCAGGAGUGGUUCUUCGCGAGGGAUAUCGAGGUGCUGAAGAUUCUACUGGCGACGGCUUUGUUAGCCGAGUCGCAUGGCCGCAGUGAGAGGGCGGCGUUGCUGGCGGAUAGCGUGGAGGAUCGGUUCGCGACACGGCUCAAAGUCCCGGAGGUGGACAUGAAGGAGUUGCUCAUUUUGACUUUGCUGUCCAUCUUUCAUUCCUAUCGCGACGACGAAGUUAUAUCCUGGCGGCUUAUCGGCAUGGCGGUGCGAGGAGCAAUGCAGCUCGGCCUACACUGCCAGGAGACCUGGCAAAAGACCGGUGGCGUGUUCCCCGGUGAGCUGCAAUGUGAAUAUGCCAGCCGGCUGUUCUGGUGCAUCUACGUGCUCGACCGCAAAUGGUCCUUCGGCACGGGCCUGCCUUUCGCCAUCCAGGAUUCAGACAUGGACACCAAUCUACCCGAACCCGGCACAAGCACACCCUACCUCACCUGCAUGAUCAACUACGCGCGUCUAAGCACCAAGAUCUGGGGCCUAGUGGUGGGCUGGCGCAACAGGCCCCGAGCCGCAACAGCAGACUACUGCUCCUACCUCGACUUCCAGGUCCAGCAAUGGAUCCAGUCUAUUCCUCCAGAGCUACGCUUCAACCCGACCAAGUCACCAACCCUGCCUGAGCGUGCCGGCCGCCCAGCAACAGUUACGACUACUCCACAACCCCAAUCCCAAUACCACACGCAAACCGACAGCAUGAUGAUGCUCCAAGUCCUCCUCGCCCUUCAGGCAAACCAACUCCGCAUCCUCGUUUACCGCCAGAACCUCCUCUCCAGCGAGAGCAUCGAAUCCGACGUGUCCGGCGCCUCGACCGCCGUCGAAACAGCCAAAAGCACAGUGCACAUGCUCGAUUUCUUCUCCCGCGUGUCGCCGCUCUACUUCCAACGCCCGGAACCCUUCAAUUACUUCCUCAUCUCGGCAUUGGCGGCACUGUUCCUGGCAGUCCUGCAUGCCCCCGCGCGGUUCAGCCAAGUCUGUCGGCCCGAGUUCUACGCCGCCGUUGACAUGGUGCGGCGGUCGUCGACGCGCGCACGCACCUCCCGCCGCUUACAGAAGAUCAUAAAGAGCUUGAAGAUGAUCUGGAUGAAUCUCGGGGCGCAGAGACCCAAGGAGCCAGUGCAGAAGAACGGAGCGAAUCGUCGCACUCCACUUGGGCUGGAUGCUACGGGGACCUCGCUGUCGACGGGGAGUCAUGCCGAGUCGCCAUAUACUCAGAGGCCCAUGUCGGGUGUCACCACGCCGCAGCACCCGAGGUCUGCGUACGUGCGCGCCAUGACGUCUCCGACGACGGUUCUUGCGGACGAGACAAGCUGUGACGACCUGACCAGUUUCUUUGAAAUGGCGGGUGGGUUUUAUUUCGAUUCGAGGAUGGGGAAUGGGGGAACAAGUGAUGGGGGACUGGUACCUGAUGCCGCGACGGAGGGGUUUGAUGCCUUUCAAGCGGAGGAUGAGGCGUUGACGAGGGUAAUGGCUGGAUUAUUAUAG